GCAUAUUCCUGCCGCCUAUCGCUUCGCUGUAGCCUUCAAGUCCACGAGAGCAGCCGACCUCUGACACACUAUCGCCCGCGCCGUACCCCCUCCCGUACGUCGUAGAACGCACAUUCUUUUUCGCAACCAUGUCUUCAAGGAAGAAGGUCCUGCUCAAGGUCAUUAUCCUUGGAGACAGUGGGGUAGGAAAGACGAGUCUGAUGAACCAAUACGUCAACAAGAAGUUCAGCGCAAGUUACAAGGCCACGAUUGGCGCCGACUUCCUCACAAAAGAAGUGCUCGUCGACGACCGACUGGUGACUAUGCAGCUCUGGGAUACCGCUGGCCAAGAACGAUUCCAGUCAUUAGGUGUCGCGUUCUAUCGCGGCGCCGACUGCUGCGUGCUGGUGUACGACGUCAACAACUCAAAGAGCUUCGACACUUUAGAUAGCUGGAGAGACGAAUUCCUGGUCCAGGCAAGCCCAAUGGACCCGGAGAGCUUCCCCUUCGUCGUUAUCGGCAACAAGAUCGAUGUUGAGGAGAGCAAGAGAAUGAUCUCGUCCAAGCGAGCCAUGACCUUCUGCCAGUCCAAAGGCGGUAUCCCGUACUUUGAGACCAGCGCGAAAGAGGCAAUCAAUGUGGAACAGGCCUUUGAGGUGAUUGCACGACAAGCACUUGCCCAGGAGGACAUGGGCGACUACAACCCCGACUUUCCCGAGACUAUUCCGAUUGAUGUGAAGGGCAACGAAGGGGGUUGCGCAUGUUAGCCUUUUGCGUGCCCCGACAGAUCUGUGAAUUGUGUUCUAGCGUUUCCCUCAGACCACGUGCAUCUGUUCCAAUACAUAGUCCUCUGCGUAUUUUUCCUCUAUUGGAGU